UCUGCCGAUGGUAGUCAACUCUGGCUGCAGGCCAACCUUGGCAAUUUCUCUGCUUUUGCAACCAUAGAGGAUUUGCAAACCUUCAAUCCAAACUUCUCCAGUGCCCAAGCCUUGUCAGAACUGUCACCCUCUCAGGUAGCACAGUUACUGCUGAGCUCAGACAUCUCAAAUGACACAAAAUUUAUCGACCGAGUCUUUGAGCGACUGGAAAAUGGAAACGCUGUUGACAACGUGGAUGAAUUCUUUACAAAGCUUACAGAGCAGGAGGAGGUCCCAGAGUUCCAGGCUGACGUGAGGGAUCGCAUUAUGAACAAGACCUACAUCAUCAUCAGUCCCUCUUUCCCAGAGUUCACUGAACAGGACUUUUUUGGUUGGUUCCAUGUCAAACUGGUCCCCGUCCUUGCAAGUUUCACUCCAGAAAUGCUCCGAGGUGUAACUACCAACAUGAACUGCACAAACUAUCACAUCAUUGUGAGUGGGAUGGCCAAGGUUGUCUCUGCCAUACCUCAGCAAAGACUGCAAGAAAUUGCAGAUGUUUUACUGGAAUACCUGCAAGACUCUGCCGCUGUCAUCAACCAGCCAGAUUGCAGGACAGGAAUCAAGACUGAUGCCCAAUGGAUUGAAACAAACCUGGGUCCAUUUUCUCCAUACAUAACAUAUUCUGAGCUCAAAUUCUUCAACCUCUCUCUGGGAGCACUCGUGAAUGUUCUUUCACCAACACAGAAAGCUGAGCUGAUAAUGGAUCCAGACAGCGGUGGUCUGGAAGAUGCCAUCCUUGUAAAGGAGGUGCUCACAAACCUGACAGAGUCUGGUGAUGAAGAGCAGCUUGGUCAGUUUUUCCAAGUGUUCACACAGAUCCUCCAGCAGACAAACACAACCUUCAUCCUAAAUGCGGCUGUACGAGAGACCAUCUUAAACCUGACUUUGAACGGCCUCGCUCCUAAAUUUGUCUCCUUUGAAGUAGAAGACUAUGAGCUGUGGUUCCAGGUCUAUUUGGUUCCUGUCAUAGCAAGCCUCCAUCCUGACAGCCUGCGGGUGAUACCCAGUAACAUCAGCUGUGAAUCCUACGAAGCUAUAGUCACUGGUCUAAUGGAAAGCCUGGAAUUCCUGCCACUGGGCAUUUCAAUGGACGUGAGAGCUAGCUUGGAAUCACUACAGGAGACCUUCCCAGAUUGUGCAGAACUUGAUUCUUUCACGUGCAAAGAGACACAUGUUGAUGAAAUGCUCAUCUGCUGGGGGGUAGACAGCUCUCAACUCCAGAAGACACUGGAGGAUAACAAUUCCACGUCAGCCGUGUGCAAUUUUACCAUCAUUGAACAUGCCUGUACCACACCAACAAACCUCACAGCAGGCAACUUGGCCACACUCCUGACAUGCUCUGUGGAAAGCAACAAGCCAUAUGUGGUGGAAGUUUGGCAGCUUCUUUUCCACAAAGCUUCUCCCAUACUCAGCCAGGCUCUUGACAUGUUCGCCACCAUGGCCCCCACCACCAUGAGCUCUGCCUAUUCCAAUGCACUUGAUGCUCUGGGAGAAGUGGUCGUUAAAAAGCUUACUCAGGAUGAACUGAAGAGUAAGGAUGCCAUUAGAAGUAGGUUCCAGAUGGAGCUCCGUCCGUUCCUGGCCUCCCCGUCAACAAAUUUCCUCUCCUGCCUUGGCACCUACAACUUCAGCUGCCAGACAUAUCAGCUUGUGUAA